AAAAAUUAACCAAACGACUUUGCGGGCAGACUCCAAAGCUUGAACAUUUCACGAUUGCGCCGACCGCAAAUAAGCUACCUUCAAUCCCACAACAGCAAUCAACGAUUGUGCAGAUCAGUAAAAUGGCGUCAACUUCGAAACCAUUGACUACCAAGGUCGAGAGCGGCUCUCCGUAUCAGCUCAGUUCUGAGCAGGUAAGAACUGCGAGCUUCAUGGAGAUAACCUUGACCUAAUUUGUGUCAGGUACUGAAAGCAUCGAAAGCCCUCCUCACCCAUAUGGCUGCAGCAAAGAAGGAGGAAUCAAAGUCAAACGAGAAGAAGAGUUUAAUAGCCGAUGAGGAGGACGACGAGACUGCCAGCCCAAUCUGGCUCACUCUCUCCACCAAAAAGCACAUCGUCGACAAGAAGCGCCUGAAGCCUAGCAAGAUCGCAAUUCCUCACUCACUCAACGCCUCCGAGAACACAACAAUAUGUCUCAUUACCGCCGAUCCUCAACGCCAAUUCAAGGAUAUCGUCGCCUCCCCCGCAUUUCCAGCUGCGCUAGGCGCCAGGAUCACCAAGGUCGUGGGGAUUGAAAAAAUCAAGGCAAAAUACAACCAAUACGAGAACCAAAGAAAGCUCAAGUCAGAGCAUGAUAUUUUCCUUGCUGAUGAGCGUAUCGUUACCUACUUGCCAAAAUACCUCGGAAAGACGUUAUACAAAGGCACCGCCAAACGACCAAUUCCAGUUUCCCUCACAGCCGCUGUUUCGAGAGCAAGUCCCCGUACUAAAGGACCUGAAAGUGUUGGAACUCCGCAGAAGGUCGCGCAAGAGAUAGAGAAGGCGCUUGGAGGAACUUCCGUGUAUCUGUCGCCAACCGCAUCUACAUCCAUCAGAAUCGGUUACUCCAACUGGGAUUCACAAAAACUUGCCGAAAAUAUCGAGGCUGCCGCCAAUGCGCUGAUCGAGAAGCAUGUCCCGCAAAAAUGGAGAGGUGUCAAGGCUCUGUAUGUCAAAGGCGAAUCCACAGCCGCCCUCCCAAUCUGGCUGGCUGAUGAAUUGUGGGUUGAUGAGAAGGAUAUCUUGAAUGAUGAACAAGCGGAGGAGGUUGCCAAGGCGAAUGUUGGAAAGAAGCGUAAAGCAGUCGAGCAAGCGGAGCCGGAGGCUACGAAGACCGAAAGGAUGAAGACACCGAAGAAACAAAAGAUCCUCCCUGAGAGCAACGAUGAUACUUUGGACAAGGAAAUUGCAUUAAGAAAGGAAAAAUUGAAGAAGCAAAAAGAGGAAGCUGCUAAAGAUGUGGUUGACGACGUCUCCAAAGCGUCCAAAAAUGCCAAGAAGGCGAAGAGAGUAUCUACUUGAAGACUUCUCUCUGUAAUGAUAAGAUUGUUGAUACAUUAAUGGGCGUCUUGGAGUACGGUGGAAGGCGGCAAAUUGGACCAUGUUGAUUUUUGUGGCGUUGGAACAAAAAUGUGCAUCUCUUUUCGAAAUUUUUGCUACAGUAGGUAGUUAUGGAAGAACAAGAUCAGGCAACCUUCAAGGCAAGGAUUUUCUCACGACAAACUCCUAGUGCCAAUAAUAUAAUCUGGUAUUCAAAUCA